AUGCAUUGUCUGUCUCUCCAGCAGCAGCAACAGCAAUGCCGCCGCACGCGCGUAGCCAUCCUCGGCGCCGGCGUCGCAGGCAUUACAGCCGCGCAAGCCCUCUCCAACGCCUCAAUCACCGACUUCCUGCUGCUCGAGCACCGCCCCACCAUCGGCGGCCGCGUCACGCACGCCCCCUUCGGGCGCAACCCCGCCGCCAACGGGACGCCGUACGUGGUCGAGCUGGGCGCGAACUGGGUCGAGGGCGCCGGGCCCGCGAACCCCAUCUGGCAGCUCGCGCGGAAAUGGAACGUGAGUACCGCGUACACGGACUACAGCUCUGUGCGGACGUACGACGGGGGCGGGGCGGCGGACUUCACGGACCUGAUGGCGGAGUAUGAGGACGCGUAUGACGCGGCUGCGCGGGACGCUGGAGAAGUGUUGCUCGAAGGCCUGCACGACAGCAGCAUGCGCACCGCGCUGGCGAUGGCGGGCUGGGCGCCGGCGCCCCACGACCAGCGCCGCCAAGCCGUCGAGUACUGGAAGUGGGACUGGGAAGCGGCGGCGACGCCGGGGGCAUCGAGCGCGGCGUUCGGGGUGGCGGGGGGAAACGCAACCUUCAACCUCCUCGGCGCAGACAGCCAUUUCGUAGUGGACCAGCGGGGAUUCCGCUCGUUCGUGGAGGGCGAAGCAAGCACGUUUCUCGCCGCGAACGACUCGCGCCUCCUGCUCAACACGACCGUCACUGAGAUCGCGUACACCGACGCGGACGUCACGGUCACGGCCGCCGACGGCUCUUGCGUGCGCGCCGAGCACGCGCUCUGCACCUUCGCGCUCGGCGUGCUGCAGCAGCAGACCGCGAGCGGCGCGCUGAGGUUCUCGCCGCCGCUGCCGGCCUGGAAACGGCAGGCCAUCCACGCCUUCGACAUGGGCACGUACACCAAACUCUUCCUUCAAUUCAACACCUCUUUCUGGGACGACGAGACCCAGUUCCACAUCUACGCGUCCCCCCACUCCCGCGGGGACUACGCCGUCUGGCAAUCCCUCGCCCUGCCCUCGAUGCUGGGCGCCGCGUCGCACGUCCUCGUCGCCACGCUCACGGGCGCGCAGGCGCUGCGCGCAGAGGCGCAGACGGACGCCGAAGCGAUGGCCGACGCGCUCGAGGCCCUACGCACCAUGUUCCCGACCAAACACGUCCCGCAGCCCACCGCGUUCAUGUUUCCCCGCUGGAACGCGUACGAGUGGGCGCGCGGCAGCUACUCGAACUGGCCGGUCGGGACGACGUUAAGGGAGCACGAGAACCUCCGCGCGAAUGUGGGAAGGUUGGGCUGGGCGGGGGAGGCCGGGUCGGCGCAGUGGUUUGGCUUUUUGCAGGGGGCGUGGUUUGAGGGAAGGGAAGCGGGGGAGAGGAUUGUGAGGUUGUUGGCUGCGGAGGAGGAGGUGGGUGGGAAGAAGGAAGCCGAUAUGGUUAGGUAUGAGGUUUUGCGGGAGGGGGCGGGGCGCGAUGAUCUUGUUGUUGGGAAUGGAUACGAAGGCACGAAAUCACGUUUGUUUUCUUGAAUGAUUUGGUUUGGUUUCGUUUGGGUUUGAAUGCAUGGAUUGGAUUGGGUUGGGUUGGAUGUCAGCACACCUGUCAUUCAUCUGCCUGCCUGUAUAUGUCCGUGAGCUUUCUGUCAGCCUGUCCGUCCGUCUGCCUGGUGCCGUGGCCUCCAUGCAUGUAUCCAUCAUGCAGGACUCAUAGCCCCAGCCUCA